GAACGAUAUUGUUUUAAAAUCCAAGUAUAUAUUUAUAGAGAUAGAAUGAAUCAAAUAAAUCUACAUAUAAUCUAAUCCAGCGAUGCAAUAAUUACUCAAUGCAAAGUGUCAACAGCUUAAAAGGAUAUCAGAAGAUCUCUCCGAUUCCUUAGCAGUUUUUCGCAUCAGAGAUAUCAAGAAUCAAAAUUUGUUUUUAGGAAGCAAAUUGUUCUUCAUUUCUUGAGUCAAAUCAUACAGGCAAAAGGGAUGGGAAGUAAUUACUUCGGUGAGCCGAACCUUGGAAAUGAAAGAGGAUCAUCUUCAUCUAGAAAAGGCAAAAAAAGCAAUUCAGACAAGCCUAAACAACCUCAAAGAGGGCUUGGUGUUGCUCAGCUUGAAAAGAUUAGAUUGCACAGUCAAAUGGGCUGCACCUACCUUCCUUCUUCUGUUCAUACCCCUUAUGCCCCAAAUUUUAGCCAGGAGGAUACGAGACUUCCAACAGGCUAUUCGUCUUCAUCUUCGUCCCUCCCAUAUUCAACAUCAGUAAUAUCUUCCCCUUAUGGAUUUUCGGGCUCCCAUAACUUCACGAUGGGAUUGCCAGAUUCAGAAAGGGCAAAAAUUAGAUAUGAAGAUUCCCAACCGAGCAGUGCGGCAAGAUCGCAUCCUGGCAUUGCAAUGUCAGGUACCCAACAUUUUUCGCAGCCCAGCACCACAAAGCACUUCUUCAACCCAGAGGAAUCGCUGAAUAGGAAGAAAGGCAGGAGUGAUUCAAUGGGCUCAAGUAGUCAGAAUUCUGAAACAAGUGACUCCCAAGAUAUAGAUUUGGAGCUCAGAUUAUAAAUCUAAAACGACGAAUUAUGAAACCUGAGUCAACUUACAUGCAAGUUUAAGAAUUUUGAUGCACUUGUCUUGUAAAUUCCACUGGAAAGAUUGGCACUGCAGUGGAAGUUAUUUUGAUAAUAUUCUGCUGAUAAAAUUAAAUUUUAUCAGGUACAUUCUACGGCUUCUCUAUUGCAGGAUGACUAUGUGAGUAUUCUCAAUUCCGUUCCUGUUACAUAUGCAUUCAAGAACGAGCUUGGAUCAAUUAUUUAAGCAUAAUUGGAUUUUACGUGUUUUCAUCA